AUGGGUAAUAAUUGCAGUAAAAACAAAGCAAAUCAUUUCCUGAUAUUGAAGGGAGGAUAUCCCUUGACAACCCCUCAGAAAUAACAUUCUCUAGAAUAAUUCACAUACGAUAUGAAACUUAAUUUAGAUUCUUUUGAUGAUGAGUUUUUUUAAAAGGAAUACAAAAUCAACCCAUCUGUUUAAGAUGAGUUAUCGAAAACCAAAAAAUAGGAUCUGCUAGAUUUCGUUAUAGAAUCCCCAACAUCUCAAAGUUAGAGUCUAAAGAAUUACUUUGUUUAAAGAAAUAACUCAGCCCCUCUGUAAAAAUACAAAAGACGACCAUAUGCCAGUAUGAAUGGCAGUAAGUAUAUUGUUUAUGAAAUUUCUGAACAUGCAAAUCAAAAAAAAACAAAACCAAGUAGCCGAUCAUUACCUAAAACUAAAUAACUUCGUUCCAUUCAAAAAAUUGAAUAAAACAAACCUCGGAAACAAAAUUCAAAUAAAUCAAAGUGUCCCAUAAAGCAAUUAGUUUCUUAAUCAAAAACCUAGUAAUCUAUUGAUGGGUAAUCAUAAAAAAGGUUUAGUGCUUGGAGAUUUAAUGAUUCCGUAAAAAUUCUAUUCUGA